GCAUCCUGUCAGACUUCCGUCGCGCUCCGCAAUGCCUUCUUUCCCCCAGUUUAAUCCCGCGCGCAUACGCUCGUAUGUCUUUCGCCUGCCCUUCUGCACACGAGUGCUUGUUAUUGCGAUCGUGGGGUUAUGGGUUGCUACAGUUCCCUUCCCGUGGGUGAGGGAGUUUGGAAGGCUGGAGCCUGCUAAGAUGGAUUUAACGCAGAUGCACCGGCUGAAUUUGUUCCCAUUGAUGCAUCUGAACUUCCUCCACAUGAUCUUCAACCUCGUCGCCGUAACCCCACUCCUCGAGCGCUUCGAGUCCGAGUACGGAACGUUGGUUUCUCUGGCGCUCUUCACUGGGCCUUUCGGUACCAUACCAGGAGGCAUAUAUACCCUGCUAGAGAAAUUUGUCCUGCGGAGUAACACAAUAGUCAUGGGCGCAAGCGUAUGGGUGUUCCUUCUCCUCUCCGCAGAAGUCAUGAAAACACACAAGACGAACCCCAACUUCAGCGUUGGCCCCUACAAAAUCCCCACCUGGACCACACCCCUAAUGCUCAUCGUCGUAACUAGCGCUCUCGUCCCAAAUGUGAGCCUCAUCGGGCACCUCUGCGGCGCUGGCCUCGGUUAUGUAUGGGCUACGGGGUACAUCAAAUUCCUCGUCCCACCCGAGAAGAUUUUACGAUGGGUGGAGACCAAGCUUAACUUGCUGGGCAGACUACCGCACUAUGUGAGCGUAGAUCAGAAGACUUACGGGCGGUAUGGCGUUUUGCCUACUACAAGCGUACCGUUGAGCAAUAUGCCGAGGAGUCCAGAGCCGGGGCAGAGGCUUGGACCAUAGUUAUUACGUCUUCUUCGGGAAAGAGGGGUUCAAGAUGGGGCUUGGUUCGGCGUUUAUGCAUCGUUUGCGGCCUCAUAUCUUGGGAGGGCGUUCAGGUGUUGCAAGAGAGGGAUCAUAGCUUGAACGACUUAUACUUAUUGUACAUAUACUGUAGAGAAUAUAAUGCAUACCAGGACAUUCAACACAUC